AUGAGCGCUGGUGGAUAUAGUUUGUUAGCAUCAAGUGUAGAUAAUGAAAAUUUAAAAUAUUCAACAAAUACAAGAUUAGGCGAAAGUCAAGAUACAGCACAUCAUCAACAACAAGAUAAUAAAUAUAAAGUUAAUAAUAAUAGCCAAACAAAAUAUAGCAUCAACAAAGAAGAGGAUGAAUAUUAUGAGGAUGGCAGAAAAGAAUUUAAUUUAAAUGAUAGUGGUGGUGAUCUUAUAUUUUCAAAUGAAUUUGGUGAUAGUGCAACUCAAGAAGAAGAUGCUAUAGAUAAUAUACCAAGUGGAUAUAAGGGAAUUUUGUUUUAUUUUAAGUUAUCAAGCUAUUGGUUUUCAACAUCAGCUGUAAUGGGGGGAUUAAUAUCGAUUGUGUGGCCAAAACAAAUUGAGGUUUUAGUUGGUAAUUUAGAGAAGGCAAAAUAUAUGGGCAGCUUACCAGUAUUAGGAGCCUUGACAUCAGUAAUAGUGGGUCCAGUAGCAGGCUAUUUAUCAGAUCAUUGUAAAUCUAGAUUUGGCAAGAGAAGAGUAUUUAUAGCGUCAGGUACAAUUGUAGCAUUAGUUUUUUUGUUUUUAAUUGGUUUGGUCAAGCAAGGGUAUGAUAUUAAAGUAUUUAUGUUUUAUUUGGUCGGUUUGCAGUUUGGUAUAAAUUGGGGCACAACACCUUAUAAUGGACUGUUUUCUGAUGUUAUUCCAAAAUCAAAAUAUGGGAAGGCAAGUGGUAGUUUGGCUUUUGCAAAUGCUUUGGGUCAGUUAGUGGGUGUUGUAGGUGCAGGUCUUUCAUUAACUUUUACAAAUUCAUUUAUAAUCACAUAUGGAAUGUUAAUGGUAAUUUUAGCUAUACCAACCAUCCCAACAGUUUUGUUUAUUAAAGAAACUCCAAUUGUAUCGAGUCCACCAGUUUCAUUAAAAAGAUUCAUCACUUCAUUUUAUUUACCAAAGAGCCUCUACAGAGACUUUUAUUUUGUAAUUAUUACAAGAUUUUUUCAAGAAAUGGGUAUUUACAGUAUUUUACCAUUCUUUCAAUACUAUUUGGUCGAUAUUAUACACGUUAGUUCCGAAGACAGUAUAUUGUAUUCUUCUGGUGUCUUAGCAAUCAUCAUUAUCACUAGCGUACCCUCAGGUAUAUUAGGUGGCCCAUUAUCAGACAAAUAUGGGCGUAAAUUACUGGUUUACAUAAGCUGUGGUAUUAUGACAUCAGUCAUUUUAGGUUUUAUUCUAUUAUCAUUUAAACCAUCACUAACGAUAGUAAUGAUUUUCAGUGCACUCUUUGGUAUUGGGUAUGGUAGUUAUCAAGGUGUAGACUAUGCAUUGGCACUAGACGUACUUCCACCAAAUGGGGCUGUUGCUAAAGAUAUGAGUAUAUGGCAUCAAUCUUUAAUUGUACCCCAAGUUUUUGCUCCAUUAAUUACAGGUUUGGUUAUAGAUCAUUUCAAAACUUCAAAUAUAAUUCUAGGUUAUUCUUGUGCUUUUGGAAUUGCAGUAAUUUGGUUAUUCCUAUCAACAGUUUUAAUUAAACCAAUAAAAUUAACAAAACACAAUGGUAAUAUAAAUAAUAAUGAAACCAAUAAAAAUAAAUUUAUAAAAUUAAGAACUCCAGUUGAUUUAUAA